AUGGCGGCGUUCCGGGAGCUGGGGCUGGCGCCGUGGCUGGCGGAGCAGGCGCGGCAGGUGGGGCUGAGCCGGCCCACGCCCGUGCAGGCCGCCUGCAUCCCGCCCGUGCUGCAGGGUCGCGACUGCCUGGGCUGCGCCAAGACCGGCAGCGGGAAGACAGCGGCCUUCGUGCUGCCCGUGCUGCAGGCGCUCUCCGAGGACCCCUACGGCAUCUUCUGCCUGGUGCUGACGCCCACGAGGGAGCUGGCCUACCAGAUCGCCGAGCAGUUCCGCGUCCUGGGGAAGCCCCUCGGCUUGAAGGACUGCGUCGUCGUGGGCGGCCUGGACAUGGUGGCCCAGGCACUGGAGCUCUCCCGUAAACCCCAUGUUGUCAUUGCUACACCUGGCAGGUUGGCAGAUCACCUCCGCAGUUCCAACACUUUCAGCCUUAAAAAGAUAAAGUUCUUGGUUUUGGAUGAGGCUGACCGGCUACUGGAGCAGGAAUGUACUGACUUCACUGAGGACCUGGAGGUGAUUCUAGCAGCUGUUCCAGCACGCAGACAAACAUUGCUUUUCAGUGCCACACUAACUGAUACACUGAAUGAGCUGAAGAGUCUUGCCACAAACGAGCCUUUCUUCUGGGAGGCUUUGUCAGACGUGCGGACAGUGGAUGAGUUGGACCAGCGCUACUUGCUUGUGCCAGAGACAGUCAAGGACGCAUACCUUGUCCAUUUAAUCCAGACCUUUCAGGAUGAGCAUGAAGACUGGUCUAUUAUUGUCUUUACCAAAACCUGCAAGGACUGCCAAGUCUUGAACAUGAUGCUUAGGAAGUUCAACUUCCCUUCGGUAGCUCUGCAUUCCAUGAUGAAACAGCGGCAGCGGUUUGCGGCUUUAGCAAAGUUCAAAUCCAGCAUCUUUAGGAUUCUCAUUGCCACUGAUGUUGCUGCCAGAGGCUUAGACAUUCCUGCAGUACAAGUUGUCAUCAACCACAAUACUCCAGGCUUGCCAAAAAUCUACAUUCACCGGGUCGGCCGGACAGCCCGUGCGGGUCGGCACGGAAUAGCUAUUACAAUGGUGACGCAGUACGACAUCCAUCUGGUACAUGCUAUUGAGGAUGAAAUCAAGCUGAAGCUGCAGGAGUUCUCUGUGGAGGAGCGCUUUGUGCUUGACAUCCUCACCCAGGUGUACAUCACCAGGAGGGAGUGUGAAAUAAAACUGGAGGGGAUGGAUUUUGAUGAAAAGAAAGAAAUAAAUAAGCGGAAACAAAUGAUCCUUGAAGGGAAGGAUCCAGAUCUGGAGGCAAAAAGGAAGGCAGAACUUGCCAAGAUCAAGAAGAAGAACAAGCAAUUCCGUGAGAAGAUCCAGCAAACAUUGGAGGAGAAAAAGCAACUGCAACUGAAGAAGAAACUACAGAAGAGGAUAGAGCGUCAGAACAGACUGUGUACUAAGGAAGAGAAAUAAUCUGCUUUGGCCUCCUCACAGGGAGCUUGGGAGCCCUGCGGGUUGGCUCUGACCACCCUGACAUUGCCCCUGCUCUGGGGAUACUGGGACCUAAUGGGUUUUAAUUCUGACGAAUCAGUGUUGGAGAGUACGGGUGAGGGAGGAUGAGACCUCCUGAAAAACCAUCUCCAUUACUUUUCCUUCCUGCACAAAGCUGGUUGCUUGAGCCCAUCCUGAAAGGCUGGAUCUGUCUCCUGGAAGAAUGUCCUUCAAAAGCACAUUCCUUCCCCAAGCAAAGGAGAGCCAGACUCAGAUUGUUGUUGAGGCAAAGGGAAAUAAGGAUUCUCUCUUUUCAUUCAGUCGUUGCUCUUUCCCUUUCAAAGGAUGGUGCUUUCCACUCUUGUUUAUAUCAACAGAUUCUCCCCUGAGCCAGAGUCUAAAAGCACUGUGACAAGAUGAGCUCAACCCCUUGGCCUGACAGAGUCCAGGGUCUUCUGAGAGGAAAUUUCCUGGAACUCACAGGGAGGUUGGACCUGGGGGCCUUCUUGUGAUAAUGCUGCUUUAUGCAUUUGUGUGGCACCCUUGCCUCUGAUUUUCUGUCUCAAUUUGGACUCCAGCACUGCUGAUCAGCGUGGGUAGCAGAGUCAUGGCUUCCUUCAGGGCCCCAUGGGCAUCCUUGUGGGCUGCUGGGGACUUUAGAUCUGAUCCUGCUUUCCCAAGUGAUCAGUCAGUUCAAAGACCCCUUCUGGUGCAGAAAGUGAAAAGCCCGUGAGGGGCUCCCUUGUUUUUGUACCAUCCAAGAGUAACCAGAAUGGUUUCUGUUUGAGUCUGCUCUGUAUGCUUCUGGGCCUCCCGGCACAGAUUUGCAUCAUGUAUAUUUGGAACAGGAGGCUGGCCAGAGUGUGUUGAGCUCUUCUGAGAAUCAUUUAGCAUAAAAGUACUUCCCCACAGAGCCUCGAAUCCCAGAGCAGGCUCAGGCCACAUGUUUUGGCCAGCUCUGUUCUGAUGUCAAGUCUUGUCAUGAGCGCCUUAAUGUUUGAGGAACUGUUAUUUCUGUUCUCUGGUUUACAAGAAUAGUUUCUCUGGUCGGGCCCCAAAUAAAUACUUACUGCAACAGGUGA